UACACUCCAUGUCCAGUUUGGCUGGUGGUGGUGCACAUCGUCCCGUCCCAACUUAACCACGCCAUUGCGAGAGGAAAAAUUGCCGCAUCUUCACCUUCUCUCCUUCUUCGUCGUCUCCUCCUCCUCCUCAUCAUCAGUUAUCACCAAGAAACUCCACGAUUGUUACUACCAAUUCUGGCCACACGCAGAUAAGCCAUCCUCGAACAACCACACUCUUUGCUACUCACAUAGUUUUAGGAUAUUCCGUAGGUUUAUUACUCAUAGUUUGUAAUAGCUAUAAAAAAUAAGUAUUGACAGGUAGGGAGGACGAAAUACAAAUAAUUGUGGUUCAAUUAAAGCACGUCUUCGAGUGAGUUUUUUGUAAAUUUUUCGAGUCCUUUUGCGGAAGGGGUGGUUCUUCCCACUUCCUGUAGAGAACACAAGGAGGAACAUUGGUAACGUUCGUUGAACUGAAUAGACUGCAAUUUUUGCAACAACGUGGUCUGCCUUUGUGUUCAUCAUCGUCAUCGGUUCUUCUGCUCUGGUUGGGAUAUCAUAGUGUCCCUCCCACCAGCAACAACAAAAACAACAACAGCCCCUAAACAAUCUUCCGAAUUCAAACGGUGAAACACAUUGUGGACAGGGUCACCUCCUAUUCUUGAAGAAUCAAAGCGUUCUUGUUAGUUUCGCAACCAACCCGUACGAGCUUACCGUGAUACACGGGGGGUUCGUGUGGGUGUGAUUGAGACUAGUUAUUCUAAAUGAGGACGAGGAGACAGGAUGUCAGGGAAUUUGGGGCCACAAGCGUCCACCAAAGGGGAGACCUCAAAGCCAACUUCCAAAACUGGUUACGAUCGAAUCGACAUUAACAAACUUUUCAAGCAGGGUAAAACUACUGAGCCAGUUGCCAAAACAGUAACUCAGAAACAUGGCAUGCAAACAUUGGGGAAAGCUCCUCCUGCUAGACGCGCUGGUGCAUCUGUUGUCGCAGUAAAGCCUGAACCCAACGACGCCGCUAAUAAUUCGCCAGUGCCUCUUUCACAACAGCAGCAACCACCACAACCGUCCUCAGUGAGUCUAGGACAGCCCAUCUCACAUCAAGAUCAACAAAAAUGGACGAGUUCAACACAUCCUCAUGGGCCACCACCAGUUAUGAAUGUUGCGCCCAAUGUUCCUCGACCAGGACCUCUUCCACCUCACGACAAAAAUUGGAAUGGCCCGGACGGAAACUAUCAGUCACAGAGAUUUGCCCAAGAAUUCCCCAGCAUUGGAGAUUCCAAGGACUUCCCCAGCUUGGAAGCUGGUUCAGAUCCACCGAGAGGUUCAAUAAUGAAUCCCUCGCAACCUCCACCAAAUAUCUCUGGUCCCCAGAAUUCUUCCAAGUCCCACGACAAUCAGUACGGACCGGGACCUAUAUUAAGGCCACAGACCGAAGGGAGUUGGACCCAGGGGGGUGGAAGAGAUCCAAGACCGAGACCCCCUGGCCCACAUUCACAAAAUGCUCCAAUGAGAGAACCCGAACGUCCCAACUUGGGGGGCCCAACACCACCACCAAUGUCUCUGGGCCAGGGAGGCCCCGCUCCUCCACCAUUAGGAGGUUAUCAGUUUCGUGGAAUGGUACCACCAUUUAUGUACCCAAACGGGCCUGGUCCUAGUCCUGGCUAUUAUCCUCAGUCUGGACAAGGAAUGCCUCGAUAUGGCAUGCAGGUUCCUCCGGGGGCCCCACCACCACGAGAACAUUCUGAUAGUCAUAGUAGAGAACCGAAUAAUCGGGGACGAGGCCCUCCCCCUCCAAUGCGCCCUACUCAGCAAUUUGCUGUAAAGCCAAUUAUUAGAGAAGAAGAUAUGAAGAGAAUGGAUGACAUUGAUCAAGAAGGAACCUGGUCAUCAGUCAAAGAUGAAGUAGACUACAACAAGAAAAUUAGUUUUAGUGACGAAGAAGAAGGAGAAAGACGAGAUGGUUCUCGUAAAUCUGCAGAAAGAAAUGAUAGUAGUGGUGGUGAAACUAGACCAAGUCGAGACUCCAGAGACAAGAAACAAAUCAGAAUUUUAGAAAGGCAGCCAAGUUCUAAUAAUGAGCGAGAAAGAGAACACAUCGAUCGACGAGGAGAAGAUCGAUAUGAUAAUGUCUCAAAGGACCAAGGAAAGGCUGACUUACUGGACCGUGAAGAAGAAUGGAACAAGGACAGAAAUAAUGCUCCACAACAAUAUGAUUCGAAGGAGAGAAGCACUACUUCCGGACGAAGGGGGAGAGAUUCUCGUGAAGAGGAUUGGCGAGGAAGUCGAUUUGAAGAGGACCCUCGCAACAAAAAAGGCCCUACAUCUCGUCCUGAUCAACGGGGUGCUGAGUACGGUGCAAAACAGUUUAGUAACUUGCCACCCCGGUUAUUGCGACAACAGCAACAUCAACAUAGUAAUCAAGCCUAUUCGAGCUCGUCUCGACGAAGUCCCAGCCCUCCCUCAUCAGGCACGGAUCGCGACUUGCGAACUACGGGGACCACACAGUACAGAAUUCUUGGGAGGAAUAGAGGAGACAGUGAAUCAAGCAGUAACAGUAUUCGUGAGAAGCGAACCAGCGAUUAUAAUAACCCACGACCAUCCGACAAAGAAAGCAGUGUCCGUGGCUCCUCAGACUCGAAACGUGGUGACAAGGAUCAGCAGUCCAUAGAAUCUCGAAAAGAAAAAGUAGAAGGUCUGGAUCUUCGUGGUGGUUACAAAGAGGAUAAGUCAUCUGGUUUUGGAAGGACGACUAAGUUUUCUACAUCCUCUUGGGCUGACCAAGUUGACGAUGAAGAUUAUGAUGAGAAAGGACUCAACAUGCCGCCUGCGAAAUCAGAAGUGAAAGAAGAACGUUCGGUUCCGAAAAGGGUUUACAUCCAACAAACAAAGGUUGAAAAUAUGACUACCGUUAAGGUUGAAGUCCAGCCAGAAUCAUCAAAAUCAACGGUGGCAGAACCAGCCGUGAAACAAGACAAGUCUGGUUUGGAGCAGAACAGGUCAUCUGCCGUAUGGGGUGAUGACACUAGAAGCACAAAAUCUGAUGGCAAAGAUGAUACUUCGGACGAAAAUUCUCGAAACCGUUCUAUUCCAGUGGAACGAGAGAUUAUUCUUUCGGACAAGGCAAGACAACUGCACCACAAUCAGAAUGAAACCAGAGAAAUCCCCGAUAAUAAGAAAAAGAGCCAAGAGAAGGAACUCGCCUGUGACUACGAAAAGGGAGGAGGUCGCGAAAGAUAUGAUGGCCCAGAGGUGGGAUCUCGACAGGAUCGUGACAAAACUUGGAAUCAAACCACCACGGAGCGCCCUCGACCAACCAGAUGGGGAAACGAGUUUAGAAACGAUAACCGAACUCCUGAAAGAGACACUAAUGCACAACAAGGCGGUCGUACUAGUACUACCUCUGAAAACUCUGGCAGCAACUCUUCCAUGAAACAAGUUGGCAGUGAAGGAGACAGAGUUCGAGGUGGUCAUGACAUUGAAAAGAGUCGAAGCUCCGAAAUGAUCAAGGAGAGUUCUCCUCCAGACAAAGGGAAAGGAAAUAGAGAUGAUUAUGGGAAGCAGAAGGAUUUUGAUAAGUCUGCUGCUGGUUUUGAUAAACGUAACAAAAAUGCUCAUGGGGGAGAAGAUAAUGAUUCUCGUGGUAAUUCCAAGGUCAACAGGCCUAGAGAACGUACAGGACAUGGUGUAUAUCAACCAAGAGGCGGAUGGGUAAGCGGAAGGCCCAACGACAAUCGUGGUAAACCAUCUCGUGGGGGUAGUAGUGGAAGUCGGGACUAUUAUGAUGACCGUACUACUAGGCCUCCUCCUCGAAACGAUUAUGAGCGUGACGACCGAAUUCCUAAAGAAGAGCAGGAGAUUGACAGAGAAGCAGAGAAACCUACAGACAAAGACUCUGAAAUUUCUUACGAAGAAAUAAAACAUUCGUGCGAUGAAGAUAAAUCAAGGAAAGAUUUUGGAGCUGGGGACAAUGUAAAGAAAAGUAGUGGUGUGAAAUCUCCUGUUACAAAUAAGCGAAACCCACGUGGGGGUGGACGACUUCAUGGUUAUGGUCCUCCGUCCGAUAAACCAUUCACUUCUGGAAACGUCAACAAGCAGGAAGAAGAACCUGGCAAAGAGAAACCAUUAGAAUCAACUAAUAAAACCACCCCGUCUGCAUCCUCCGGACCUGUGCCCUUAAUGGAACUUGGAGAUAUAUCACCACCAAGUAUGAUGGCUGGUGGACGUGGCGGACGUCAUCAUGCGCGAGGAAAAGGAGGACCAGGUGUUCAGCCAAGACAACAACAGCAGCCGCAGCAGGACCGGCAAGAAAGUUAUCCAUCCAAUAGAGGUGGAAGCAAACGUGGAAGAGAACGCGGAGACGCAAAACCUUUGAUGAGUUUAAACUCUAAUGAAUUGGACAAACAUGAAGGAGACACGGAACCAGACAGUCAGGAUGAUGAAGGCAAAAAGAAUUUCCGUAAAAAAGAGAGUACUAGGGGUCAUGAAAAGAGUCGACCGAACCAAAAUGAACAUAGAAAUUCUGCAAAAGAAAAAUCAGCCACAGAAACGACAACAUCCAACCAAGAUUCGUCAAAUAACAACAACAGCAACAAGGGAAAAGUUACAAAAUCUGGUAGUAUGGAUGGAGAUGUAUUUCACUGUGGUAAUGAAAUGGGUACCGGGAGUGCCUCCGACAACUCUGAAAACGUCGAUAGUGAUGGCCAGCCUAAAAAGGGAUCUUCUAAGGAAAAGGUGAACGUAAACUCUAAUAAUAGAUUGACGGGGGGACGCAACGAAAAACAGCCUCAAGUAGCAAACAAGGAUAGACGCGUUAAACAUCCACCUUAUGAAGCUCAUUUGCGUUCAUCUGUAGCUCCACGCUUCCAAAAAGAAACAAAUGAGUCUUCAAAUACAUGGGAGAAAACCCCAGGGGCAUUGAAAACCGAUCAUCAGGGCCCUCAACAAAUGUCUCAUCCCACGUCAUCUCUGACAGAAUCCAAAGCUGAAUCAUCACUGUCGACAUCGUCAGAUGUGAACCAUAUGAAGGCUCAGACAACAACAUCAAUAAUUAAUCCUGCUUCGAUGAUCAUUGACGGGUCGGGAGGGCCGCUAAAGACCAUGAUUUUUGAGAACAGAAAUUUUAAAAAUGUUUCAAAGCCAGCGGGUUCUGGAAAAAGCACUGAGACUAAAGAUUCAAGUAUGACCUCAGGACUAGAGUUGACCAAAGACAUUGGUUUAAGUUUUGGAAAGGAUUCUGGGGGAAAUGAUAACCGCGAAAUGGAUUUUGUAUCCAGUUUUGAUGACCGCACAGAUUCACAGACUUCUCAAUCCAUGACAUCCUACCCAACAACCAAGCCGAAUCCUAUUGGACCUAAUCGAAACUUCCAAGGGCAUCAGCCGUCUCCUGUUAGUCCGCUAGCUAAAGAUUUGACAGAAAAGAUUCAAGCCGUGAGACAAGUAUGGGACAAACCAUCAAUGUCCUCCGUAGCAGAGGUAGGCGGUACUUCGACUUCAGAAGAUUCCAAUAAUUUCCACUCUGGAUAUACAGUUUCGGAUGCAUUUAAAACUGACGUUUCCAGAGACUAUGGCUCUUCAUUGCAACAACCUCAGUCUAGUUAUGCACCCGGUAGUUCUCCUGCGAUGUCGGCGAUAUCCAAACCAGAUUCCAGUACCAGUCCAAAUUCAAAUGCUCAUCGCCAGGUGAAACCUCCCCAACAACAAAGCAACCUUGAAAAUCACGUCGGAAUGUCGUCCUCCCCAUUUGCUUAUGCCAUGCCACAGCAUCAAGGAGCACCAUUCGGCGGGCAUUCCGCCAUUCCCAGCCCUCCUACUGCAAUGGUGUAUGGAAACUCGCAAGGUUUGGGUGGCCACACCGGAGUGUAUCAAGCCUUUCCUCACGUGGACUCCUCUCAGGUCAUGAACAACAGUGCUCGUAGUCAAUAUGGUCAGUAUUCAAAUCCCCAAGGAACUGGUACUGCUCCUUAUGGAUUGAACGCUUCCAUGUUUAUGACGUCCAUGGACACUGGUGGAGGAUAUCAGCAGCAAAUGUCCUCUUACCAGCAGCAGCAGCAGCAACAACAACAACAACAUUCACAUCAUCAACAACAGCAUUCCCAAUCCGGUCAAGGACCCACUCCUAGCAAUCGUUCCCCUGGUCCGAUGCCUUCUUCUGGUGGAAACAACUCGGGUGUCAUGAAGUCUCAGAGCAGUGGAGCUCAUCCAAUGUCUCAUCAGGUGAUGUCGAGUCAGCAAGGAUACUCUCAAAUGAGUCAUCAUCAUUCUGGAGGCAUGCCGCCUCAUCACCAGUUGCCCCCUGUUGUCCCCUCCAAACCACCAACGGUUCCAGGUUACACUCAAAGUGGAAUCACGACUCAGUCACAGAUUUACAUCCCAUACGAUCCUUCCCAACAAGUUUUGAAUUUUGGUGGACAAAGUUAUGUGUCCUCAGGAAUGAGGAACGCACCACCCCCUUCUGCUACUCCCCCAGUUCAAGGAAUGCAAGGAUCCUCUAAUUAUUAUUCUGGGAAUGCAAGCAAUGCAGUUUUUCCUGGAUCAAACCAAGGAAGCGGUUUACAACAAUUGCAUGUUGCUGUUGCCCCUAAUCCCCAAGCAUUGCAAAACCUCCAAACUGCCACUCAGUCGAUACAACAAUAUGGACAACAGCAAUUCCAGAUAACAGGAUUUAACCAACUUCAAGGAUAUAGUCAGCAGGCUGCCUCAACGGUAUCUGCCCUUAAUCUUGGUGGUCAGCUCAUUCGACCCGGUCCCACUACUCAUUCUCAUUACAACAUGAAACAUGACAUGGUUCAACAAUCCCACGGAUUAAAGUCUCAUGAGCCUAUGAUGAAUCCCACUUGGAAUGCUCAAGGCUUUCCACUGAAUCAAGGAUUUCAUGGAGGUGGAAAUAAACCUGCAGGAAAUCCGGAUCGAAAUAAUCCUGGCAACAUUGGCAACCCAAGAAAAGGGGGUCACCAGCAAAUGGGCAGCAUGGGGAAUAUGGGAGGAAAUGUCAAUAAGUAUAUGCCGGCCGGCGGUUACUCCAACCAGCAGCAGAAGGGCGGACGAUUUGCAGCACCUGGACCUAUCCAAAGACCAAUUUCAACCCCCUCCCCCUCAACUGGGUCAGUAGCUCCAGGAGGAAUGAGAAUGGUUGGAGGAGGAAUUGCAAAACCCAGUGAAAAUUUAAACAAACACAUGAGCAGUAUCAACCAACCUGGCUCGGUUAGUGAAGAAGGAUUAUUGGAUAAGUUUAUGACGGAGAGUCGUAACAGAUCAAUUGGAAGCACACCGACUGAUCCCUCUAAAGUUAUAUCAAGCUCAAGAUUGAUGGUGGAGGAUACUACUACUCCUGAUCAUACGAAUGGAGCAGACAACAAUGUCACAUUAAAAAAUCAUAAUCUCACAAUUGCCCCUGCUAACAAAAGCCCAAUAAUAACAUCUAGUGAAAAGUGAACUGACUGAUAGUUGCUAGAUUAGGAGUCUAAUGAAUGACAUUGGGUGACCCAUAAAGAAAUCUAAUGUUCACCAGCAAUUUUAAUAUUCCCCUCCUUCCAUACAUCAUCUCCAUCCCCCCUCCAAAUCCCCACAAGAUUUUUUGUCUACAAUGUUAAUAAGGUAACAAUGAAGUGCUUUUUGUGUGUACAUGAGCAGUCAAUAAGCCUAAAACAUUAUUUCCUCCAUUGAACUACUGAAAAAUAUGUUAUUUCUCACUUUGGGCACUCACUACGUAUACCAAUGAAUUAAGGACACAUAGAAUUAUUGUUCCAGUCCAACUCUCGUUUCUCCGUCUAUUUCCAACAACAUAAUUAUUGUUCGUCUUACUUAUUAUUUGUGAAUUACAUGUAAUUUUGCGUUUUACGAUUAAGAUGACUCGUAUAUAAGACUUGUAAAUGUGCAACUUGAUAAAUAGCAAGCAGUAUCGUAGGGCAUUGUCAAUAAUGCCGAUUUUUCCAAAAUCUGUAGUUCCCUGACGCAACUUUAUCUCUCUCUCUUCUCUCCACACGGAUGAUAUGGCUGUCAAUGGGUCUCACACAUUCUCGAGUCGAGCGAGAUCUAAUGCUGUUUUACACCAUUUGUAGUUCUCAUUAUAAUCUUGUAACUGAUUUUCAGUGUUUAGAGAAGCGCUCAGCGGUAUGGUAUUUAAUUAAGGAAUAUUGUUAUAUUAUGUCAUAAAUACAUACAGCUGAGGGGUAACUCUGAUGAUUCGAAUAAAAAUAUGAAAUAAAGACACAUUUUCGACCAAACGCUAA